AUGGAACGCUCACACCUCCAGUUUCCUACAGUGCCAGAGCCUUAUUUCAACGAGCCAGGUUACGAGAGGUCACGAGGUACGCAGGCCGGAAACCAGAGCUCCAGAGAAUAUAACUCCAAUAUCUGCCAAGCGACAGUCAAGUGGGCCAUGCUGGAACAGCUGCGUAAUCCUUCUCCUUGCUUCAAACAGGUUAUUCAGACACACUUCUGGAUGAAACGUAAGGAGAUCAAGAGUCAAAUAGAAGCAUGGAUAGCUGACAUGGAGUCACAGUCUGCUGACAGGAGGACAGGCCGUGCGAUUUCACUUAACACCAUGGCUCUCAAGCGUCACUACCAGCAGCUGUGUGAGGAGUUGGCCAAGCUCAAGCCACCACCCGGACUUGAAGACCUUGCUGACCCGGAUGAGCCAACUUGGCAACAAGACAUGGAGAAACUGGUCUCUCAAGUCUGCGAAUAAAACUUACUAUAUUUUUUUAAAUAGUAACUUAAAAUUCCAUGUACAGCGUGAAAAAUUAGCUAGCUUAUACCUUUUUAACGCGGGAUACUUGCUUUAUCUGUGCCGAUGAGAACGUGGGUGGCUAGCACGGUACGAUGUUCGGAUGUUUCCACUGUACAGAAAUCCUGAAUGUAACGAUGUAUAAAGUAUGUAAACAUUGCGGCACAAAGAGUGUUGCUGAAAACAGUCUAGGUCUGUGAUUUUUAUUUCGACUAAGUGUACAUUUAUGUAUAAGUGAAGCGCAGUUUCUGUAUGUGUGCAAUUAGGUUUUUUCACUAGCAGAACCAAAUAUACAGCCGAAGAGACACAAAAGUAAAAAUAAAUAAAUUUUGUUAUGUAUUCGAUGCUUGUUUCCUUUUAUCUUAUAUUAAUAGUAAGAAAUGUGAUUUUUGUCAAUAUUCAAUAUUUUUUAACAAUAGGUUGUUAUCAAUAAGUUUAAUAAAUAUUUUGUACAUAAUAUUAUUUGCCAAAUACUAGAGGUUGGUUUUGGUACAUAUAUUAACAGACUGUCAGAUGACUUGUGUACUGAAAUCAAAAACUGUUACCUUGAGAAUAAAAUUAUUAAGUUAUAUUUUA